AGAACGAGAGUUAAUGCAAGUGCGAAGAGUACUCUAUUCCUGUUCUUAAAGGAAAUUGCCUAAUUUCCCGAUUUAGCUCCGUUCACAAUGUCUAAUUACUCUCAGUUUCAUAUUUGCAACUGUUUGAGUGGCCUUGCCCACCGCAAGCGGAAUUCCGUCGUCACCGUCUUCGGCAACCGCCGCAGAACCGGUGAGCAGUUCGUUCAUGGCGUGUUGAGUUUGGCGCGUGGACUGCUUCGGCUAGGCCUCCGCUCCGGUGACAUUGUUGCUGUCUCCGCUUUUAACAGUGACUUGUAUUUAGAGUGGUUACUUGCUGUUGCAUACAUUGGAUGCAUAGCUGCUCCUUUAAAUUAUCGAUGGAGUUUCAAAGAAGCAAGGUUGGCAAUGGCAACUAUAAGACCGGUAAUGUUGGUUACUGAUGAGAGUUGCAGUCAUUGGUACUCGGAACUGCAGUGUAAUGACUUACCUUCUCUGCAAUGGCACGGGUCUUUGGGCUCCCCUUGCUCUGAUUUCAUGAAAACAUGGAGCAUAUUAACUACCGAUAUGAUUAAGGAGCACUGUCUAACAUCUCCACCACUGAAUUAUUCCUGGGCACCUGGGGGUGCUGUUAUUAUAUGCUUCACUUCAGGAACCACUGGAAGGCCUAAGGGAGUUACAAUAAGCCAUUCAGCUUUAGUUGUACAAUCUCUUGGAAAAAUUGCCAUCAUUGGCUACAGUGAGGAUGAUGUUUACUUGCAUACUGCCCCAUUGUGCCACAUUGGUGGUUUGUCCUCUGCCAUGGCCAUGCUAAUGAUAGGAGGUUGCCAUGUGUUGCUUCCCAAGUUUGAAGCUAAGUCAGCCCUUGAAGCCAUAGAACAACACCUUGUGACUUCUCUAAUCACUGUCCCUACCAUAAUGGCAGAUUUGAUCACCCUGAUUAGGAAGAAGGAGAUUUGGAAGGGAAAGGACAGUGUAAGGAAGGUACUAAAUGGAGGUGGGAGUCUGUCAGUUGAGCUUAUCAAAGAUGCUAUCAAAUAUUUCCCUGGAGCUAAGCUUUUUUCGGCUUAUGGAAUGACAGAGACAUGCUCAUCACUGACCUUCAUGACCAUCAAUGACCCAGCACUUGAAACACGUGGCCAGCUACUUGAGACAUUUGGUAAAACAAAACGGAAUUCUGUUCACCAACCACGAGGUGUGUGUGUUGGCAAGCCUGCACCAUAUGUCGAAUUAAAUAUCCACAUUGACGGAUCUUCUGAUGUUGGAAGAAUUUUGACAAGAGGUCCUCAUGUAAUGCUAAGAUACUGGGAUCAUGUUUCAGCGAAGCCAUCAAAAUCUGAUGAUGAGGCUUGGUUUGACACUGGUGACAUUGGACACAUUGAUAAUUGUGGUAAUUUAUGGCUACUUGGGCAAAGAGGUGGUCGUAUCAAGAGUGGUGGGGAGAAUAUUUACCCUGAAGAGGUGGAGAUGAACCUACUACAACAUGAAGGAGUUAUUGCAGUUGUUGUCGUGGGAAUCCCUGAUACUCGCUUGAUGGAGAUGGUAGUUGCAUGUCUUAAAUUAAGAGAAAAUUGGCAAUGGUCUGAUAAUGAUAGUGGACAAACUGCUGAAAAUAAACAGCUAUAUUUAUCUAGUGAGGUUCUGAAACAACAUUGCCGAGAAAAUAAUUUAACUGGGUUUAAAAUACCAAAGGUAUUUAUUCAAUGGAGGAAACCAUUUCCACUCACCACAGCUGGGAAAAUAAGAAGGGAUCAAGUUCAAAGAGAAGUUAUGUCUCACCUCAAAUCCCUGCCUAGCAAUCUCUGAUAAUCCCGGUUUUAAGGUCCUAUGAAAUUCAAGACAAUGAUGAUCUUGAUUAUAUAAUGAUGGAAGCAAGAAGUUUACGUGGAUCGACAAAACUUUAUAUUAUUGAGAAUCUUAUUGAAGGAAGACGAAGUGGUUUAAGAGGAAGAAAAAGAGGAUUAUCUAACAUACAAUUGAGUGCAACCACAAAGUUUCCAAGAGUAUGGUAUGAACCAUGGUAAUGACAAUGUGGAUGAGGAAUAUAAUUUUAACAGUAAUGAUGACGAAAAUGAUAAUGAUGAUGAGUUUUCAAGAUUUGAUAAUGAUGACGAGACUAACUGUGUACCAAACGGAGACAUUAGGAGAAGUCAAACCAAUGCUUAUAAUGACAUGGUCGAGUCUAACAUAGGAUGUCAUGACUCCAUAAAUAUUGGAGUAUAUACAAAUCAAAUUCAUAAUCCAAAUUUGUUUUAGUAGGUUCUAGAGCCCGCUGUGGAUGUUGAUAAUACGGGUAUUUGUACUCGAGAAACACAAAAAGAAAAUUGUCUCAAAGUAAUGGGCUUUUAUGAUUUGAAGUCUGAAUUGAAAGCUUUAUUUGAAAUAUAUGCUUUAGAGAUAGUUAUUCAAUGGAAAAUUGUUUACUUUGAUGUGAAACAUUAUCAAAUUAGGUGUGUACAUUUUCAAUGCACUUGGUAGGCACGAGCUAGAAAGGAGGAAAGGGAAGACUAUUGGGUGUUACGACAUAUGGAUAACAUACACACUUGUCCAAUGGAUCAAAUAUUGUCACAUCAUAGAUAGGCGGAUGUCAGAUCACUGAGGCCCAUCCUUAAAUCAAUGUUUAUGGUUGAUCGGAUAUAGUGAUUGAAAGAAAUUAUUUUCGAUAUGGUAAAGAGACAUAAAAUUGAUAUUUCAUACACACAAACAUAGCGUGUAAAGACAUGCUAUAAAUACAAUACGAGGAUCUUCCGAGGAGUCUUUCAUGCUAUUAUUUGAGUAUUGUCACAAUUUAGAGCUUAAUAACCCAAAAACUGCUACACAUGUUGAUGUCGAUGUAGAAAAUAAGUUUCAGUUUUUCUUUAUGCUUUUAGGUUGUUCGAUAAAGAGAUUUUAACAAUUUUGUCGCUUAGUGAUUUGCAUUGACAUUUCACAUUUGAAAAAAAAGUACCUUGGGUCUCUUUUCAUAGUUGUUACUAAAGACGAUAAUAAUUAAAUUUAUCCACUAACAUUGGGUAUCGGUCACAAUGAAAGAAUUGAUACAUAGACCCCAUUCUUGAGGUACUUAUAUAUGUGCAUCGACGAUAUUCUAGACUUAACCAUUGUUUCUAAUCGACAUAAUUCAAUCAUUGUGUCAGUGGCAAACAAAUUCUUGCAUGCCCGUCAUGGUUUUUGUAACUACCGUAUAAAAGGUAACAUAUGUAUGCAAUUUAAAAACACCAAACAUACUGAAAGAUUAUUUUGGAAAGCUGCAAAGAUGUAUCACCUUAGGGACUUUGAAUCUGUCAUGAGUAAAAUUACCCAGGUAAAUGGCGCUACAACAAACUAUUUGGCCAAUAUUGGGUAUAAAAAAUGGGUGAGCAUACACUUUGGAGGAUGAUAGUAUAACCUCAUGACAAUCAAUAUUAUUUAGUGCUUCAAUGCUUUGACACAUACUACACAAGUUUUGUCUAUCACCAUAUUAAUUGAGUUUUUUAAGAGUACAAUACAACAUUGGUUUUACAAUCAGCGAAACUUAGUAGGUAUAUUUGCUUAAAUUUCAUAUAUUUAUUUAUUAUUGAUUACGUUGGAUUUAAUUAGUUUUUUAAUUAGGUGAGUGAUUUCACCUGUUAACACCAUAGGCGGAAGAUAAGAUUGUUGAAUAUAUACAUAAAUUUACAAAUAUAAUAGUCAAAUCGAUUAACGUCCAUAAAUACGAAGUUCAUGAUUUACGGCAGUGAGUGUUCCUUAUUAAUCUUCUUUACUGGAGGUGCGACUGUGGGAAAUUUUAACUUUCUCGAAUUCCAUAUACCCACGUCGUGACUGUUACACGGUUCAAUAAUCUUUUAGACUAUUUCAAAUGGGCCAACAUAUAUUACUUCAUGAAUUAUUUACAAGCGGUGUAUAGAAAAGAUAUUAAUUUGGUUGGCCAUCAAUCAAUUUGGGCACUAUCUAAUAUGUUGACAAUUUAUCCGUCCCAAAUGCAAUGAAGACACUCCGAUCAUCCGUCCAACCAUGUUAGGUGCCCAUCACAAGAAAAGGAAGUCCAACCACAAAACUACAAUCAAUGUCAUCAACUUGGCCAUAAUUGAUUGCAUUAUCUAAAUCCAACUCUGGUGCCUAUUGUUGGCUCAUCCUACACAUUAGGUAACAGCAGAGGAUGAGGUCGUCAUACCGAUGAGGUAACCCAAAUGAAAAAAUAGAAUAUCAGGUUUAUUUUCUUUAUUUAUGAUUAAGUUUCUUUAUCAUAGAUGUCUUUUGUCAUUGUAUAAUCGUAUUAAUGUCACAAUGGUUUAUUAUGAUGUUAUGACAAUCAUGAUUAAUUAUUAAUUAUUUACUUAUGUUUUAAUUACA